AUAAUAAUUAUUUUGUACUCUAACAUUUUUAAUGCAACACGUCUACUUAAGUUAUGUUUUUUUGAAAUGCUUCAGCUACUUCAGGACAUUGGAGCUAUACAUGUGGUUGUUUACAGACACCAUUCAGCUAUUCAAAUAAUCAGCUCUUUCUGCAUUUCCAGCAAAGUUCAGCGACACAUUUGCGCAGUUUAAAGCAUUCACACCCAUUUCCAGCAAGUGUUACCAUGUAUUACCGCUAGAGGACAGUAAUACUGAUUGGAUUGUUUUAACCUGCCCUUAAUAUUUCCCACGAACGAGAAUCCAUGUUGGAAUCACGUUUAGCUUUUAGUGUCGCCGGUUGUCGGUUGUAAACAAAACGCUUAGCUCAGUCUGAUUAUUGAACGUCCUGUCUUAUGAUUGUCUUUUCACUGCACAGUUGUUAAAACAGACGGUAAGCUACUUUUCGAGAUGGUGCAGCUGCAUGUGAAGCGUGGAGAUGAAAGCCAGUUUCUUUUCAACACCACCGUGGACUCGCCUGUCGAAACAGUGAUUCAGCAAAUUACAGCCAUAUACAACGGGAGACUCAAAGUGGACAGGAUAUGUUCAGAGAUCCCAGAGCUGGCUGACCAUGGCACCACCCUGCCUCCCAACAUGCAGGGGUUGACAGAGGAGCAGAUUGUGGAGCUGAACUUGAAUGAUGAAUGGGAAGACAAGUGUGUGCCCAGUGGAGGGCCAGUAUUGAGGAGGGAUGAGAUUGGGAGGAGGAAUGGACAGGCUCCAAAUGAUAAGAUGAAAGAGGUGUUGAUGAGAACUGUGGAAGAGGCAAAGGCACUGAUCUCCAUGAAACAAGUUCAAGCUAAUGUUUGUGUCACCAUGGAGAUGAUAAAGGAAGCCCUAGAUCCACUAAGGGGUGCGGUCAUGAUUGUAUACCCAAUGGGGCUGCCUCCUCAUGAUCCUAUCAGGAUGGAGUUUGAAGACAGGGAAGACCUUUCAGGAACACAGGCAUCUCUGCAGGUGGUCACAGAGGAUGAGUGCCAGCUAUGGUGGGCUGGCAAGGAGAUGCAGAGAGGGAAAAAACUGCAGGACUACAUUGGUAAAAAUGAAAAGACAAAGCUUGUGGUCAAAAUCCAAAAGAAAGGGCAGGGGGCACCAGGGAGAGAGCCUCUGGUCACUGAGGAGCAGCAGAAACAGAUGAUGAUGCAUCAAUACAGGAGGCAGGAGGAGCUCAAGAAACUACAGGAGGGAGACGAUGAUAGCUACCUGGACUCGGAGUGGACAGACAGACAGGCCCUCAGAAAACAGUUUCAAGGCCUCUCAAACAUCACAUGGGGGCCCAGAUAAAAAAACACUAACACCCAGAUUCCCACCAUGGAGAUGCUGUCCUGAUCCUAUACAGAGCUACAUGUAACUGACUAUGAUGCCUUAUUAUCACUUUCCUAAAAUCAGUUCAAUAUCGGUGUUUUAUUUUUUAUCUGAACUCAAAUGUGAAGAAGACAAUGCAUAACAGGACAGGUAAUGAUGUCUCACGGAGGCUGAUUAUAAACCUAAUUUAUUUGAAGUUAAAUCUGAUUAAUGUAUUCCCUUACUGAUUGUUUUUAACCUCAAUGUAUUUUACAUUUUUUAUUGAAACUGUGCAUAUAAAAUACAUUUGAGAUGUUUUCUUGACAUUAUUGUUGUGGAAAAAAAUCAAAUAAAUUGUUUUUCCACUUUGCCUGUGUACAAACAUCAAUGUCAUGUUGACCUUUCACACAUGCUCAGAGGUAGUUCAAUUAGAACACAUUGUAACAUCCCAGGGCCAAGGAUGCUACACCUUUCCUCUCUUUGUCUCCCAUCAGUUUCGCACACACACCUUUAAUAAAAGGCUGUGCUGAGGCAGGAAGUUGCCACACCGAAUUUGUCGUUCCAGCUCUUGUCCUAGCAGUGAUGAGGAAGUUGUAGAGUUCAAAGUGAGAGUUUAAUUCCACUGCGAGGAGUUGUUGACAGAGUGGAUGCAGUGAUUCAGAGAGGUGUGGCUGGUUUCAAGGAAACACCAUUAAAACCAUCCAUACACAUGUCUUUAUACACUGAAUGCAGAUGGCUCUUUAAUUAAACAGUUUUUCUGGAAAACGAAAUUGAAACACUGGUUUUAUGGUAUGAACAGCUGCCAAAUUUACCAACCGCUAUUGUAAUUACUCUGUAGAAACACUGUUAUGUGAAGGAAAAGUGAACAUUUGACAAUUAUUGAUUUUUAAUUGAUUUGUCUGUGAUGAAAAGGCUUCCUUCAAAAUUGAAGUAAGUUAUGAGGUGAGUACAACUGUGUCCUUAAAGUGUAUACACUAGAGGUUCGAAUGAACAAUCCCACUCCCUGACACAUUCUUUUGUUGCUUCAGCAGUGUCUCUGAAUUGAUCAAAUGUUUUUAAACAACUACAUAUUAUAUGCGACCACCCAUUUUACAGCAUUAUUUCCUGUUGAUCUUUUUUAAAUGGCUUGUAUCGCAUUUCACCCAAACAUUACAUUUUCCACAAAUGAGUGCUCCUGCAAAAAUAAAACAAACUGCUAUAUAAUGA